GUUAAGUUGGAAAGGAGUGAAGAUGUACACAAGUCAAAGUCGUGGGCAGUGCAAGUCAACCUUGAGUCUCUAUCUCUACUUCCAUCCAGAAAUCGCCUUUAUAUCUGAUGGUCCACCCCUUCUAUUCUAUCACCAUCCCACUUGUUACCAAUAAAGGGAAUCUUCUCUUCGGCUAUUGCUGCUGGACUUGGUGAUCAUCGUGAACUUGUCCAAUUCUUCUCAACCAUGGCCGCUCCUCAGUUCGGAGAUUUGCCUCAAAUUCCCCAUGGCAUGGACGAUUUUCUCAACACCAAUUGGGACUACGGUUGCGCGCCACAGUACAAACAACACACGGUACAUUUCGACCACAGUGAAGAUAUCUACUUCGAUGGCUUCGACGACGGAAGAGUGAGCAUGCAGCCAAUGCAACGAUUCAUGAUUGACCAGUCUCCCCUCACUGCUGGAUUACUUCACGCGAACAUUCCCCUACACAGUCACUUUGAAGGGCACUAUGCGCAGCAAUGGCCGUCUGUGUACGACCAUCGAUACACAUCUCCUGAUCGAACCUCUGCUUCUGGCAACUCGAGUUAUGCGACACAGAACGAAGUCUGCUCGCCACAUCUAUACCAUGCUGUUCCAUACAGUAGUCCAGACAACUUCUCUCGAUCGUCGCUGUCAUACCCAACCACCGAGCAAGUCUUCGACAGAGUGCCUUUGUCGGGAACUUCUCUCCCUGGCGCCAGUAUCAGCUUGCGCGAGCUCGAAUACGAACACAACGAGGUCGAGACGGUCUUUGAGAACGUUGACAUCGUUGAGGUGAAGCAGGAGGUCACUCACGAGCACGAACAAUGUCUCAGAAAGACAGACACCACUCCCAACAGCUUCGUAGAAUACGCAGACUCGGGCAUUGGUAGCUCUGUGCGAGACGCUGAGGAAGUCCAGCCAAUCGAGCUACACGAGGAUCCCUCAUCAGACUCCGACUAUAGCCCUUCCCCUACUCGAUCGAAUAAGCGGAGACGCUCUUCGACCUUGAGUAGCGGUUCAGGCCGGGGCCAAAAGCGCCGUGUUCAAAGCCCAAAGGAACCCACCGCCUCGCACGUUCUAGGCUCGAGCAAACCCAUCAGGAGAGCUCGCAGGACCUCGCACUCGACAAAGGCCCACACCGAGGCCCACGGACAUGCGAACGAGCGACGACCAUUUCACUGCACAUUCGCAGUAUACGGCUGCACAUCGACAUUCCCUUCGAAGAACGAGUGGGGCCGUCACCUCCGCACUCAGCACAUCAAACUCGGCUACUGGCGUUGCGAUCUAUGCCGACCGACCACCGAUCCAAAUGACCCACAAGCUGUCUACUACAACGAGUUCAAUCGCAAGGACUUGUUCGCACAGCACCUUCGCCGCAUGCACGCCGCACCCAGUGGUUCCUCACGCAAUCCAAAGGAGUUUCCAGUCACUGAAGAGAACCUUCCUGACCACCAGAAGCGGUGCUAUAUGCAGCUUAGAACCGCACCACAGCAGUCGAAGUGCUUGUUUUGCGAUCGCGUAUUUGAGGGACCAACAUCGUGGGAGGAGCGCAUCGAGCAUGUUGGGCGUCAUAUUGAGAAGGAUCGCAAGAAUGCUGAGUAUAUGAUUGAUCUCACUACGUGGAAUAGGGACGAGGAGCUUGAGCAGUAUCUUUGCGACGAGGGUCUCAUCAUACGAGAGAAGGGGGAGUGGAUGCUUGGAGAUGGAAAGCCGCGACGGCUGUCUUCCGUUGCUAGCGGAACGGACUCAGAGGAAGAAUAAUGGUUUCUUGUUUUUGCAUACGGUUCGCGGACUAGUACGGGUCUUUUUUUUCGGCCAUGAUAUUUUACGAAUCUCCUUAGUCUUGAUACCCGUUGGCGUUUGGAUACGAUGAGAUGCUCUCUCCUAGAUAAUCUCAAAAUACUCAAUGCAUAUCCAAAUCUUUCUACCACACCAAGUUCAAGAUGAAAAGGUGCCUAACGUGGCGUCGUGUUAGCAGCAUAGCCUCACUACGGUACACACAACGGCUAUCUGCUUUUUC